AUCGCGUGCCCCAGCCCACGUCCACGACCAAGCAGAUGCAAGCUGCUGACAACCCCGCUACAAUUAUCGCUUGCUGGGCCCGUCUGCCUCUCACCUGAUGAUAUUAUCCGCAUACGACCUGCAGUGCAACCAUGCGUCUCCAGUGCUUGAAAGAUUUAUUUAGAAUGGGAUGCCUCAGUGUUCAAAGUUUCCAAACACGUCACCAUUUAAGAAUUAUUAAUAAGCAUAUGAGUACUAGUGCAGUCUCUCUUGCCCGAAGGAGAGUGGUUAUCACAGGUAUAGGAUUAGUAUCUCCUCUUGGUGUUGGAACUCAGUUUGUGUGGAACAGUCUUCUCCAAGGGAAUUGUGGGAUUGUUGCUCUUGAUGGAGAGGAAUAUUCCAGUGUUCCAUGUAAAGUGGCUGCUUGCGUUCCAAAGGGAGUUGAUGAAGGUCAGUUCCACGCAGAAAACUUCGUGUCAAAAACAGAGAGCAAAGCCAUGUCUGCUGCUACCAUUAUGGCCAUAGGUGCUGCCGAUCUAGCAUUAAAAGACUCUGGCUGGUGCCCACAGUCUGAACUGGACCAUUUAAGUACUGGUGUGGCAAUAGGAAUGGGGAUGGUUCCACUGGAAGAUAUUUCCAAUACCGCCUUGAUGUUCAGGACAAAAGGGUAUAACAAAGUCAGCCCAUUUUUUGUCCCAAAGAUCUUAGUCAAUAUGGCUGCAGGUCAUAUUAGUAUUAAAUACCACUUGAAAGGUCCCAACCAUGCUGUAUCGACUGCUUGCACUACGGGGGCCCAUGCUGUUGGAGAUGCCUUCCGAUUUAUAGCCUAUGGGGAUGCUGAUGUGAUGUUGGCUGGAGGAACAGAGGCUUGCAUUAGCCCAUUGUCUCUGGCUGGGUUUGCUAGAGCUCGGGCUCUGAGUACAAGCUUUAACUUGAGCCCCAAACUGUCCUGCCGGCCAUUCCAUUCACAGAGAGAAGGCUUUGUCAUGGGAGAAGGAGCUGCAGUUUUGGUGUUGGAAGAAUAUGAGCAUGCUGUACAACGAGGAGCCAAAGUGUAUGCAGAAAUUUUGGGCUAUGGACUCUCAGGGGACGCUUGUCACAUAACAGCACCUGAUCCAGAUGGGGAUGGUGCCUUCAGAUGCAUGGCAGCAGCAUUAAAGAAUUCCAGAAUUUGCCCUGAAGAUGUAGGUUAUAUCAACGCUCAUGCCACCUCCACUCCACUAGGAGAUGCUGCAGAGAAUCAAGCUAUUAAGAGACUCUUUAAGAAGCAUGUAUACUCUCUUGCAGUUUCCUCCACAAAGGGAGCAACAGGCCAUCUGUUAGGUGCUGCAGGGGCAAUUGAGGCAGCAUUCACAGCUUUGGCUUGUAACCAUAAAGUUUUACCACCGACUCUAAAUCUGGAUCAGACAGAGCCACCGUUUGACCUCAAUUACGUUCCCCUUGUACCUCAAGAAUGGGCAAGUGAAAAACGCCUAAUUGCUGUCACUAAUUCUUUUGGCUUUGGUGGAACUAAUGCCACAUUGUGUCUGGCUAGUGUUUAGUUUUGUAGUCUGUGCAAGUGCUCAAAAACAUUGGUGGCCUAAAAAUGCAUUGGAAUGC